AUGGCGGAUACAAGCAGUCAGCUAAUGUUGGGCGCCGGCCUGACAGUUUUGUCGCACCCGAUGAUGUAUGUAAAGGUGCUGGUGCAGGUGGGACAUGAGCCACUACCACCAACAUUGGGAAGAAACCUUUUUGGACGUCAGGUCUACCAACUCCCAGGUCUUUUCUCCUAUGCCAAACACAUCAUUAGUAUCGAUGGGAAGAGCGGCCUCUUCAAGGGCUUGGUUCCCAGACUCUGUGCAGGAGCCAUUGGGACUGUGGUGCACAGUAAUGUCUUGCAGCGCUAUCAGGAUCCUGAUGCUACUGAAGAAAAUGAACAGAAAGAUAGCUCAACCUCACUGGAUCUCAUUGUCAAAGAGACAACUCAGGAGAUGGUUGCCCGUUCUGCAGCUGCCCUUGUUACACAUCCCUUACAUGUGAUCACGCUACGCUGUAUGGUGCAGUUUAUAGGAAGAGAGACCAAAUAUAGUGGGCUCUUUGGAUCCAUUGCGACGAUAUACAGAGAGGAAGGCAUUCUUGGCUUUUUUGCGGGAUUUAUACCAAGGCUUUUAGGGGACAUAUUUUCCCUAUGGAUCUGCAACAUGGCAGCUUAUCUCAUAAACAAGUACGCUCUGGAAAAUGGGGCAGGCGGAGAGAUGAAAAGUUAUUCUCGGGCAUUUACUGGGUUCCUGGCCAGUAUUCUGACGUACCCUUUUGUCCUGGUUUCCAAUAUCAUGGCUGUGAAUAACUGUGGGUUGGCCGGGGGGCUGCCUCCUUAUGCUGCUGCAUAUACCUCUUGGACAGAUUGCUGGACACAACUCAGCAAGGAGGGGAACACAAAUCGGGGCAACAGCCUGUUCUUCCGCAAGGUGCCUGAAGGGAAGAGAUACGUGCUAGAACACAAGAGAUUUUAUUGAAGGUAGAAGGCGCUCGAUCCGGUCAACCAGGCCUGCUUGUUCCGCGUGGGAGGGGCUAAAGGCGGAAAGUCGUUUAAUAUGUUCAUAGAUUGUUUACAAUAUUUUUUUUUUUUUUUAAAUGAUCAUUCAUUCUCCAGAACACAAUGCUUUCUUGGUAUAAUCUGUUUGACCUGUUCAAGAGUCGCGCCAGUCUCUGCCAGAGAGGAGGGAGAGUAUUAAGCAGCUAAAGGGUUAAGCAUACAGCGUACGUUAUGAUCUCUUCAUUGUCUAUGCAUCGAAAUCUCCAGUUUGUACCUUUCUACCCAAAGUCUAUUGGUGGAGUAAAUGCGGCAGAAUCUGCUAGAUCCCACUUCCAAACUUCAUUCUCUGCACAGCGUCGCAGGCCACUUUGGGGCAAAAUCGUGCCCUUUGUUUUUAAAAAUGCAUAGAAAAAAAAAAAGUGAAAAUUACAGAGAAUAAACUUUGGAGAAAUUAAAAAAAAAA